AUGAAGGUUACAGACAGGAAUGUGAUUCUGUUUCACCUACAAAACAUUCAUGGGAUCACCGUGAAGAGCUUUGAAAAGAAAAAGGAAAGACUGUUCAUUGGUGGCACAAAGGUCUUUGGUGUCCCUCUGGAAAACUUAGCAAGGCAAUACAUUCCUGAGUUUGGUCUAGUACCCUGCUUUUUGUUAGAUACUUGCUCAUUUCUUCUGGAGCGUGCUGGGACUGUGGGCCUGUUCAGAAAACCAGGUUCUCUUCCUCGCAUUAAAACCCUUAGGGCCAAGCUUAAUUGUGGAGAUGGCUGUCUGCCCACAGCCCUCCCCAAUGACGUGGCCACUCUCAUCAAGCAGUUUUGCCGGGAGCUGCCCGAUCCUUUGUUUCCCUCUGAGCUCCAUGCAGCUCUCCUCAAAGCCCAGGCACUGCCCAACCCGCAGGACAGGACUUCUGCCCUCCAGCUGCUGUCCUGUUUGCUGCCUGCCAGAAACUCCUCCUGUCUGCAUUACUUGUUUGACUUCCUCUACAAAGUCUCCCAGAGAUGCACUGAAAACUUGAUGACCAGCUCCAACAUUGCUACAGUCUUUGUUCCAUGUCUUUUACCGCCUCCCAACAAGGCAGAGAUGUCUGAACAACGCCUCGAACUCAGAGUUCUUGUCCUGCGCAGCUUCAUUGAGAAUCCUCAUUUAUUUGGUGUGAUUCCUAAGGCUGUCAUGGAUAGUAUGGAAUUUCUGACCAACUUCCAUCUUCCAAAAGACACAAAGAGAGGACAGAGAAAAAGACACAGUUUUAAAGUGAUUCGGUCUGUGAAGACUGUGUCCUGGAUGCAAGGGAGGUCAAAGGUCAGUCCACCAGUCUCUGAGCAGCUCCAGAGGUCCACAUCAGUAGACAGACCAACCCUCAGGAGAAGUCUUGGUUUGGAGACCUUCCCCAAUAUGACAGAAAUGUGUGCGGCGGUGCGGUUAUCGGUGCUCGGCCUCCUGCUGUGCCUGCAGCUCGGCAGGGCUUCAGCCCGCAGCCCCCGCACGGCUGACCAGGUGUCUGAGGCCGACAUCCAGCGGCUCCUACACGGCGUCAUGGAGCAGCUGGGCAUCGCUCGGCCCAGGGUGGAGUACCCCGCACACCAGGCCACAAACAUUGUCGGGCCUCAGAGCAUACAGGGUGGUGCUCACGAGGGGCUGCAGCACCUCGGCCCUUAUGGAAACAUCCCAAACAUAGUGGCUGAGCUGACAGGUGAUAAUGUUCCCAAAGACUUCAGCGAUGACCACGGAUACCCAGACCCUCCUAACCCCUGUCCUCAAGGAAAAACAGCAGACGGGUGUUUGGAAAAUGCUCCGGACACAGCCGAGUUCAGCAGAGAGUUCCAAAAACACCAGCACCUGUUCGACCCAGAGCAUGAUUACCCUGCACUGGCAAAAUGGAACAAGGAGCUUUUGUACCAAAAACUGAAGGGUGGACCGAAAAGGAGAAAAAGGAGCGCCAACCCAUACUUAAUGGGCCAGAGGCUGGACAACGUGGUCGCCAAGAAAUCUGUUCCCCACUUCUCGGAGGAAGAGGAGGAAGAGGCGCCGACCGUCUCCGCUGCCACCAAAUCCACAACCUAA